AUGUUGUUGGAAAAUCAUCGAGACGUUGAGACAUGUUAUACGAUAGACAUGAUUACAUAUAGAAGUGAAUAUACAAGAGACUUGAUGGAAAGAAUAAAGGAACGAUUCAAUGGAAGAUAUGUGGAUUUUAUGGAUGCUGACAAACGAUCGACACUCACUUCUCAAUAUGCCUCCAUUCCAAUAGACUCUAGAACUGAACUCGCUGUCUACAGAAACGAAUCACUUGAGAAACUCCAAGAAAUCAUUAUAAUGGAAGUGGUUCUGACUGGACACACUCCUAAAGUUUACCGUCUAGAUUAUUCGAAGUUGGAUGAAUCUUUUAAAAAGAGAUAUUCUGACGACGACGAGUUGUCAGACAACGCAUCAUCUGACGCAUCUGACGGUGAAGUUUCUGAAUCUGUUGAGGAUGAAUCACGAGAAGACGAGUCGCCGGAUGAUCUCAAAAAAACAGCAGCUGAAAAGUUCAAAAUGCCAGCAAUUUCUCUUCCAAUCACGUAUAUUUUGAUUGUUGUUCUGUUUGCCUGGUUCUUUUUCUUUUAA